GUUCUGUUUGGGAUCCAAGCAAGAAGUGCAAAGUCAAAUUAAUAUUGAAAAUGAUUGGAUUAAAACAAAUAUAACAGUGUUGAAAGUGAAAUAAAUGCUUCAAGGUGUAGUUUGGACAAUGGCCCAUCAAAAUGAACGCGUAGAAUAAAAUUUGGCUCCAAAGUGAGCGUGAUGUCAUUGUGGUGAUAUAUAUGUAUGUAUGCCUAUGUGUAGCGGUGUUUUUUCUGACGAACAAUAAUAUUUGUCCAAGAUAACAGCUUUAAAAUAAACGAAAGACAUAUAGAUUACAGUGAUUAAAUUUAAAGUAGUAUUUAAGUAAAUAGACCAAAAAUCAACGAAACUGCAACAAGUUCGUGCCUUAAACAUAUUACAUAGCUAACUAUAGCUAACCUCAACUCAACUCAACUCAACCAACAACACCAACAAUCUGAGCCCUAUAGUUAAGGCUCUUUUGGAUCGCCAUGGGAAGCGUGUGGAAACGCUUACAGCGGGUUAACAAACGUGCUGCAAAGUUCCAAUUCACCGUCUCCUAUCAUGACCUCCGACUGGAGACCACCGCCAAGUGGCGACCUUCAAAUCUAUCCGUCGUGUGGACGAGGCGUUCGAGACGUGUGGCCAGCGCACCAUUACCAUGGGAACCCGAUAUGAUGAACCCGCUGGUGGGCAAUAUAUCGUGGCCUGUGCCCGACAAUCACUCUAUAUCCGUGACUUUAUUCAAGGAUCCCCGCACACACGAACUUGAAGAUAAAGACUGGACAUUCGUAAUCGAAGAUAUUUCAAUGUUGGGCAAAAAACGAGUGCUGGCUAAUGCAAAUAUCAAUAUGCGUAAAUACGCAAGUAUUGAAUCAACGCAGCAGAGUUUCCCAUUGACCCUCAAGCCCGUUUCCCGGAAAAUAACAUCAGCUGUCUUGGACUUGACAAUCAGUUGUGUGUUCCUGCGCGAGGGAAAAGCAACUGAUGAGGACAUGCAGAGCAUUGUCUCAUUGAUGUCGGUGAACAACUGUGAUGUGGCACCACUUGACGACCUGGAAGAUAUUCCCGACUUGGAGAACUCUGGAGAUAUAUCCGAUAACUUGUACGAUUUCACGGAACAGUUGAAUAUGAUGACAACUAGCUUAAAUGGUUGCAUUGAUGUGCCAACGCCAAUAAGUGUUCCUUCGUUAUCCGAAGAUCCAACUCCAUUGGCCGAGUCAUAUAAUCAUUUAAAUUUUGAAAUAGAAGCAGAUGAUCGUGAAAGCAAAGCGGAGACGACGGAUCUGCUCCCAACCAAGAACCAAGUGGUCGAGUCGGACGAGUCCCUGAAGACUCCAAGUGCUAGUGUUAAUCCUGAGCCAGUUGCUCUCACUACCCCAACCAAAGUAAUGGCCGAAGAUAAGGCUAUAUUGAAGCCCCAAAACCAUGAUAGAUUCCAUGAGAUUCGCACCUCCACUCCCGUUUUACCAACUCCGGCACCAACCACAGCAGCAACGAACAAAGUCAAGACGAACGCCUCGAGUCGAGCCCUUAAUUUUGACAAGCAAGAUGCGAGUGGCGUCGACUCGAACUCGAAUUCGUAUGCGGAUCAGUCUACAGCAGUCUUAAGCCUCACUACUCCCACCAUAACAAAGACAAGCGAUAACAGCAACUCAUCGCAAGCUGUGGCUGUCGCUGUCGCUGUCACUGACCCAGAGCCACAACCAAAGCCCAUUAAGAACUCAUCGAAUGCUGCUGUCACUGCCAAGCGAUCCGAGCUGCAACCGUUGGACUUGAAGAAGAGUUACGAGUCCACGCCUGCCGUCAAUAACAUGACAACGAAUAAGAGUGCGACAAACACGUCAAAUAGCCUGAAACCGGUCGAGAAGAUUUUGUUAAAGGAUAACACGCCGGGGCAAGAUUUGCUCGAGUGGUGCAAAGAGGUAACCAAAGACUAUCCCAAUGUCAAGGUUACAAACCUGACAACCAGCUGGCGCAACGGCAUGGCCUUCUGCGCCAUUAUACAUCACUUUAUGCCCCAUUUGAUCGACAUGUCAAAACUAAGUGCGCAUGACGUAGUGGGCAAUUGCCGCAUCGCCUUCGAUGCAGCGGAGACACUCGGUAUACCACGUGUCAUCGAACCCCGUGACAUGAAUCUGCUGACAGUACCGGAUAAAUUGGCAGUCAUGACAUAUUUGCAUCAACUGCGAGCUCACUUCACUGGCAAACAGCUGCAAAUUGAACAGAUUGGUCAAACAUCCGAUGAGUCGAGCUAUGUGAUUGGCAACUACAAGUCCGACAAUUUGUCGCAGAAUCUUAUCAACUUCUCGCACCUGAAAACACAGCUAUUGCAUCAGAACUCAUUGGACGACGAGAUUAUUAACCAACAGCAACAGUUGUCGCCGAACAGUAAAAAGGAUGUCAAAAACAUUAUACUGACAAGUUCAAAGAGUAUUAUUGGCAAAGUGUUGUCCCCGACAAAGGAAAAGAACUCGAUCAACGCCAUGCAGACGAACAAAUCCUCACCCACUAUUGAUGGUUCUGGCGACACUCCCGAAGAUAUGCACCAGAAGUUUGUCAAGGAGCCACUGUCACCUGCCUCGCUGGAUGCCAAUGCUACAAACCGAAUUAUAACACGCCACAAAGAAAUGAGCGAAAAAGCUAAGCUGAUGAUGGAAAAAAUUAAAAUUUCCAAAUCGAACGAGCGCAGUGAUGCGAACGAUGAGGAAAGACAGCAACGACUGCGCGAGCAAGCACGAAGGCUCAUCUCGGAGACACGCAAUAAAUCAACGGGCACCGACAGCCCAACGAGUCCAACUAAACUCAAGCGUUUCAACUAUACACCCGAACGCACUAUUUCCCCCAUUCACAAUGGCAGUGGCAAUGGCGGGGAGUCUUACGUGGAUGUGUCGGCCAAGAAGAUAGCGCCCAGUUGGGAUAAAGUCGAGCAUACGAGUCCUAGUCAUAGAUUAAGCGAUGCCAACGCCAGUCCCUUGCAGUCCUUCAAUUCAGUGGUGGACAGAAUAUCACCAAAGCACGAGAAGAGAAACGACAAGCUAACGUACAUUGAGUCCGAGCUGGAGGCAUUGGAGCGAGAACAAGAGGCAAUCGACCAGAAGGCUAGCAGUCUGGAGGCCAAACUACGGGCAGUAAUGGGCGGCAAUCCAAGUAAUAAUAAAAGGGGUACAAAUCCCAUUCUUAGGCUAAUACGCAAUAGCAUUGGUGGUGGUGACGUUAUACGCAUUAAGCUCCUUGAUCCCGACGAUGAUAGUCUAUUUGGUAGUGGUAUUAGUGACACGGGCACCGAAGAUGAUGAGGAUGCCCUUAGCGACACGUGCAGCACUUCCAGCACUGAGAUGUCACAGAUACGAGAGGGUCAAGUGAUUGAGAUGCAGCCACAACGGCAACGGCCUAGAGCUCUUUCUUGCUUUGUUAAUACGAAAGACAGCUGUUCAUUAAUGCGGCCCACAUAUCAGCAACACCACCAUUCACAUGAACGUCAUUGCCAUCGCCAUCGGCAUCAGCAGCCGCACCACGUGCAUCAUGUGGAAUCCUAUAACCAUUUGUUGGGCACUUCUGCCCCGGGUGCCGCGUCCUCCCGACAAUCCUACUGUGAUAACCUGCAACCCUAUUUUGCCGAUGAUGAUGAUGCCCAGGUGAUGGCGUCUAGUGGCCAUGCGGCAGCAUCCUCGCGACGGCAUCGAAUUGGCGGUCACAAGCACGGCCUUCAUCAACAUCGACGAUCCCGUUCGCGCGGCUUAUGUGAAACGGAAGAAACUGAGGAGCAGCUGCUUUCCCAAUGGUUCACGCUUGUCAACAAGAAGAAUGCGCUGCUUCGCCGACAGAUGCAACUAAACAUUCUAGAGCAAGAGAAGGAUCUGGAACGUAAGUUUACCAUGCUUAAUCAGGAGCUGAGAGCGGCACAAUCCGUUGAAGACUGGCGCAAGACAGAAGUGCAACGGGAAAAGGAGCGUCUACUGCUCGAAGAGCUGGUGACCAUCGUCGAUAAACGAGAUCAACUUGUGCAGCACUUGCACAAUCAAGAGAUAGCCAUUGAGGAUGACCAUGAAAUUGCACGUGAACUGGAGCAAGUUGACAUUAGCGGAGGCAAGGAGAAGUGCGUUAUUCAAUAGAUGAUACUAUCGCUAAUGACUGGAGAUAAUGAGAUACCUAUAGACGAAUAAGUAGUUAUCUACAUCAUUUAAUGGCGCUGCAAGUAAAUGUUCUCAUGAAGAGCAGAGAAUAUGCAAUACAUAGUUCUUGUAAGACAACUCUUA